AUGGGAAAGGCGUGGCACGCCACCAGUAGUUUCCUUGGGCUGGACCUACUGCUUCGGGCCACCAUGUGUGUGUAUGCCAUGUGGUCUCCUGACGCCGACUUUGCCUUGAUGCUGCGUGACGCUGAGGCCCUGCCAAGCCGCCAGCGCGACGGAGACGAAGCCGGCUUCAAUCCCAUCAACCGACUGGUGUCACAUACAGCGCUGCAUCAAUUGGGGGCAAAAAAGUGCUUGUAUUCGGAGGGUUCAAAAAGAUGCAGCUCCUUCCGACAACUGGUCCCUGACGCCUUCGCCGAUCCGCCCCGGGCCUGA